AUGAACGGCUACAACCUCACCGGCCUGACCACCACUCAUGAGGCCAACGCCUACCCGUUCCCGGGCUCCAUCGACGACGACCCCCUGUACAAGCAGUACAAGCCCGCCGUCAAGGAGCUCAUCCCCCUGCCCAAGGGAGUGCUCUACCUGAUCAUGGCCGCCCUGGUGGUCGUCGGAGUUGCCUACGCUAUUGUCGGACAUCUCAUCAAGGACCUGGCCAUUGACAUAGCAGAAUGCGUUCUGGGCCCGACCGGCGAUGAGGAAAAGAGCCCGGACACCGACCCGCAGCGCAUGACUUUCAGCCACCCCCCCUCGGCGCACCCCUUCGGCCACAACGCCUUCCACGUGUGGGACCAGGACGACGUGAUCAUCCCCCUGUCCCGGGACCAGAGCCCCCAGGGCAGCCCGCUGCUGCUGGCCGCCAUCCCCUACAUCCCCUCCUUCUUCCCGCACGCGCACGGCCCCAUGGAGCACGCCCCCCAAGAACUGCCGGGGAGCCCCAAGGAGAUCUGCAUCCCCAGGGACAUCUGA